AUGGCGGCGAACCACGGCGGCGUUCUGGCGACUCUAGAUUCGUCGAAAACGCAAUGGUACCACUACAAAGCCGUCAUUAUCUCCGGCAUGGGCUUCUUCACCGACGCGUAUGACUUGUUCUGCAUCUCCCUCAUCACCAAACUCCUCGGCCGUAUCUACUACCACGUCCCCGGCUCCUCCAAACCCGGUGUCCUCCCUCCUGCCACCGCCGCCGCCAUCAACGGUGUUGCCCUUUGCGGCACCCUCCUCGGCCAGCUAUUCUUCGGACUCCUCGGCGAUAGAUUGGGACGCAAGAAAGUAUACGGGAUCACCCUCUUCCUCAUGGCUCUCUCUUCCAUCGCCUCCGGCCUUUCCUUCGGCAGCUCCCCUAAAGCCGUUAUGACCACCCUCUGUUUCUUCAGGUUCUGGCUAGGGUUUGGCAUCGGCGGUGAUUACCCUCUCUCCGCCACCAUCAUGGCCGAGUACGCCAACAAGAAGACCCGCGGUUCUUUCAUCGCCGCUGUUUUCGCCAUGCAGGGUUUCGGAAUUCUCAGCGGCGGUCUCGUCGGCAUGGGGGUUUCCGCUAUUUUCCGUUCUCUCUAUCACGCUCCUGCUUACUCCGUCGAUCCGUUGGGGUCCACCCCGCCGGAGGCGGACUAUGUGUGGCGGAUCAUACUCAUGUUGGGCGCUCUACCGGCAGUGCUUUCGUAUUACUGGAGGAUGAAGUUGCCGGAAACCGCCAGGUACACCGCCCUGGUGGCCAACAACGCGGAGAAGGCACGCAAGGACAUGGAGAAAGUCAUGCAAGUAGAAAUAACCAUUCAAGAAACAAAGACUAAUAAAACAAAAUUCGGGCUAUUUUCGAAAGAAUUCCUACGAAGGCACGGCCUCCACUUGAUCGGAACGGCAAGUACGUGGUUCUUCGUCGACGUGGCAUACUACAGCCAGAACCUAUUCCAGAAGGAGAUAUUCAGCGCAGUGGGGUGGCUGCCCCCUGCCAAAACCAUGAGCGCACUCGACGAACUAUUCAAGAUCUCGUUCGCCCAAUUCUUGAUCGCAUUCUGCGGCACAGUUCCGGGUUAUUGGGUGACCGUACUUCUCAUAGACAAAAUAGGAAGAUUCAUUAUCCAAAUCAUGGGCUUCUUCUUCAUGACGGUGUUCAUGUUAGCUCUGGCGAUUCCGUACCACCACUGGACUCUUAACAAAGCCGGGUUUCUCAUAAUGUACGGCCUGACUUUCUUCUUUGCUAACUUCGGGCCAAACAGCACCACAUUUAUCGUGCCGGCGGAGAUAUUUCCGGCCAGGCUCAGAUCGACUUGCCACGGGAUAUCGGCUGCAGCCGGGAAGGCGGGAGCGAUCGUUGGAGCUUUCGGGUUCUUGUACGCGGCGCAGAAUCAAGACAAGAGUAAGACAGAUGCAGGGUACCCAGCUGGAAUCGGGAUAAGGAACUCGUUGUUCAUACUGUCGGGAAUAAAUGUGCUUGGAUUGCUGUGCACGUUUUUAGUGCCGGAGGCGAAAGGAAGAUCUCUUGAAGAAAUGUCGAGAGACGAUGAAGAAGAACAACAAGAUCCCCCAAAGUCUUCAGUGGUAGAGUCUGUUUAAGAUCGGAGUCAUAUAUAAUCUGUUAAUUAGGGUUUAUAUU